CGCAGAAAACAAGCAGCAGAUAAAGCAAUCAUUGGCUUGUUCGCAUAAACCCAUCAAAUCCAUAAAGCAAUCACCCCGGUACUGAUUGCUUUAUGCGAUACUUACUGUAUAUGGGACACCCUGGGCCGUGUCCCAUUUAUCCGAGGCCCACUGUACCAGUUCCCAGACUGGACGUGUUCUGGCACGAAUUGCACAAGCGCCCCGCUCGUCUUGUCGAUUCGGAGCACGAAGGCACAUCCCAAAAACAUAUGCACACGACAUCACUCUACAUACUCCAUCCCCUGAACAAAUAAAUGUGCUCACAAACAAACACACUCGGUCACCCCUGCUCUUCAGGCACUUCCUUCGGUGGGUCGUCUUGGCCUGUUGCAGACGGAUCCAUGACCCGCCCGAGCUGACGCGCCAACGACAGCUCGUAUACGAGCGCGUCAAGCUUCUAAGCAUGGCAGAAGACAGAUCAGACCAUCUAAACGAAGCAGAGCCAUGCAGCUGCAUCUCGUCACCUUCACAGUGUACUUGAGCGUAUCAUAUUUCCUGCGGAUGUUGGAGUUUCUGAGAUCGAACUGGCGCCAAGUAGUUAAGGAAACAUACAGGCAGACCAUAUAAUUGAUAAGCCUGAGUACCUGCAUCAUUUCUUCCUGCACCCUCGUACAGAGAUCCUGACACCGCUGCACAACACAAGCCAUGGCGAAUGUGACAAUACUGAUCACCGGGAAGCAAGUGCAUCUUAUGUCGGCUGGCUACGGCUGACCUUCACGUCCGUCUCGUGUCUGGCCGUGGCCUGAAGCACUGCGUAUCUGUUGAGCUCGCCAGUGAAGUCCAGCAACCCGCCCAGAUACUCCUCGUACGUCAACACUUCCAAGUCGCCCAGGCGUGGGAUCCUGCAUGACCACACACCACCACACACCACGUACACGAGGAAGUAUGAAAGCACGCCAGACGAUCUACUGUGGGCACGGCUGCUGCGUACCUGUUGUGCAUCAGGAACGAAUGGAGGAUCUUGGCCUCAGCCCACUCCUGCAUGAGGGCCAUACACGAUUUGAGUCGGUCAUCAACAUAUAUCCAGUGACGUGCAAAUCCAUGGCUAGGGACAGACCUCCAAGCAAAAUGCGACGGAGGAGCGCAGAGCGGGGAUUUCCGCCACUGCACACAGAAGAAACACACACACGAGCCACACCCAUUCACACCGGAGAUACCUCUGUAAGCUGUAUGAAUGUGGUUGGCCCAUGCUCACCGACAGGUAUGAGCUCCUGCUUGAGUAUCGUGAGGCACUCAUCCAGAUUCUUCUGUGCGUUCUGAGUGUCCCCUCGCAGACACAUGGAAAUGCUCAUCUUCGAGAGCUUCAACUGCAAAACAAGCACCGCAGACGUCAAGACGAAAAGGGCAUGAAGCAGAUAAGACAGGAGUCGCUCACCACAUCGCGUGACCGCUUGAUGAGCGAUUCUCUCUUUUCAUCGUCGAGGGCCAUCUGUGUCCGGAUGAAUGACCUGCAUGGAAGUUUUUUUUCAUCAUGCUCAUCCAUUUCCCAUCAUUCUCUUCCAAACAUGUCGUCAGAGUCGAAGUCAACAUCAGUCGAGGUCACACUGCUCUUCAUCGCCUCAAAGGUCCUUCUGGUGGUGAUGGUCUUGAUCAAGAUGGGUCAACUCAAGCGUGGGGACUCGAGAGCGAUUGAAUGAAUGAACCGAUGACAAUCGGCAAAGCGAACAACACGCCUGAGAGAAUGCCAUUCACAGGAAGGCAGCCACACAGACAGCAUGUCUUUAUGUGGUUGAGUGAAUCCAUUUGUCUUGAUGCGCACGAGAGACUCACGAGAGACUGAUUGCACAAGUGCACCCGUGCACAAAAAGCGACACGACAAGGGGCGCGGAAGAAGAACCUGCACACACCACAAGCAUGAACCCACACUGGGCCGCACACGAAGAUGCUUCAUCCUUCCUACGCAUGCAUACCAGAGAGGAAGGUCGACAGCGGCUGGAGGAAGCAGUUUUCUCAACGAAUGAAUGAGUGAAUGAUCAACGCC